AUGAGGACUCGUCUCCUCCUCUCCCGACCGCUCAUCGAGGCGAUACGGACGAGCUUCCAACCACAACUUUCAGCGCGACUCCUGGCCACAGCUUCGUCUAGCAAAGAUAAGCCGAAUUUGAACGUGGGCACGAUCGGCCACAUCGACCACGGCAAGACGACGCUCACCGCCGCCAUCACGCAUGUGCUAUCGAAGAAAGGCCGAGCGAAGGCCAUCAAGUUUGACGAGAUCGACAAGGCGAAGGAGGAAAAGAAGCGAGGGAUCACGAUCAACAUUGCGCAUCUCGGCUACGAGAGCGAUAAGCGGAAAUACUCGCACACGGACUGCCCAGGCCAUGCCGAUUUCAUCAAAAACAUGAUUUGCGGGACCAGCCAAAUGGACGUGGCCGUGUUGGUGAUCGCGGCCACGGAUGGUGUAAUGGCGCAAACAAAGGAGCAUCUGGUGCUCGCGCGGCAAAUCGGCGUCAAGAACAUUGUCGUCUUCGUCAACAAGGCCGAUCUGGUCGAGGAGGAGGUGCUGGAUUUGGUGGAGAUUGAGGCCCGGGAGCUGCUGUCGUUGCAUGGAUUCGAUGGUGAUGCCGUCUCGGUGGUGCGCGGCUCGGCGUUGAAGGCUCUGGAAGGGGUGGAUGAGGCGUGCGUCUACGAUCUACUAUCGGCACUGGACAAAACGCCGCAACCGGAAAGGAUAGAGGACGGCCCUCUGCUGAUGCCCGUCUCUUCAAAAGUGGCGAUCACGGGGCGCGGGACGGUCGUUGUGGGCACCGUGGAGCGCGGCACGCUGAAGAAGGGCGACAAGGUCGAGCUGAAGGGCGAGGGCAAGGUGCUCCAGACGACCGCCUCGGACAUCCAGGUCUUCAACAAGAGCGUCAAAGAGGUGAAAGCUGGCGAUCAUUGCGGAAUCUUGUGUCGAGGCUUGAAAGGAGAAUACGUCAAAAGAGGCAUGUGGAUGGGCCAUCUCAACAGCGUCAAAAUGUCAAACGCCAUCAAGGGUGAGCUGUACCUGUUGAGCGAAGAAGAAAAUGGGCGUCGACUCGGCAUCCGCUCCGGCUUCACCGACAAGGUCUUUAGCAGCACCUGGGAUCAGGUGGGACGCUUCGACAUGGAGCAGGAGAUGCUGAUGCCCGGCGAGAACGUGUCGGCCAAGAUCACGCUGCUCAAGGAGAUGCCGGUCCGCGAGGGGAUGCCGUUCACGCUGCGCGAUGGCGGCACGAAGCAAACGAUUGCUAGGGGGAUCAUCGCCGAAAUCCUGGAUUCCGUCCAAAUCGAGGGCUACAACUUGAAGAAGUCGACGAUGGACGAGAAA